CUUAAUUUUUUUGAUAUUUGCUCAGAGUAAUUUUCUCCUUUCUUUUUCGAAAAAUGAAUUCAUACGAGGAGGUCCUGUAUAAAGUGCUUGACAAUUUGCUGGCGGAUAAGAACUGCGAGGUGAAGGACGAGCUGCUACGUCACUCGAUGGUGGAGCUACUGCGGGGCAGAUUCCGUGAGAUUGCUAUUCGGACCACCAAUGGGGCCAAUCACGCCGGUCGCAGUACGCCCAGCUACUUUGAUCUGGAGCGCACCUUUGGCCUGAUGAACAUCAAGGUGGGCGACCUCAAGGCCAUUUGCCAAGGUCACUCGGAGUCGGCGGCCGUGCUCGAAUGCCCAGAGCCGCAGACAUGCGACGAGGAUUUCCACAGGGGGCCACAACCACUGCUGAGCGGCACGAAGGCCCGCGAAAUGGGCUGCAACUCCCAUAUUCCCGAUUAUUUCCCACCAUUUCCCGGGGCGCACACCUACAAGAACACGGUGAUGGAGCAGGUCACGGAUAGGAGCUAUGUGGCCGUCAGGAAUCGCCAUGCCGAGAAUGAACUGAAUACCCAGAAGGCCCUGAAUCGUUUCUACUUGGGCUGCAAUCCGAAAAUAUCGCUUUUCGAAAAUUCCCAAGCCGAUAACAGCUGUAAAGUUUUGACUGUGGGUCCGCCCAAGAAACCUGCCUAUUUGGACGCUCUGAUGCCCCGCAGUCAGGUCUUUGAAAAGGACAUCUACGAGUCCAAGGAGGAGAUCACCCAUGCAGCCCUCGUCUGCCCCUUUCUGAUGGAGCCGAAGGAGCAGAGUUCACGCCAAUCCACUGGAAAUUACCGAGGCGAAGACGUGGAAAUGCAGGAGCCCCGCAGCAAUGUGGAACUGGACUCGGAGUCCGAUGAGGAGGGCGAUAUCCUUGCGGAAGGGGCCGGCCCAGAACGUCAUUCAGGAGAUUAACUGGUCACAGCCGGAGUGAAAACUGAAAAACCGAAUUAAACUGCAGCUCAGGAAGAGCUGAAAAGCACACGAAAUGUUUCCAUUACAGGCCGGGACCGGGUCCACGUAAAA